AUGUCUGUGACGACUACUUCUACCGUGACCGCCUCACCUUUGGCUUCUUUGGCUUCGGUGCCUCCUGCAGCGCCGAAGUCGAUUUACCAAGCUGAUGGACCACCCGUACUUGAACAACGCUUUGCCGAGCUGAAGAGGGAGAUCAUCAAGCCCGAGCUUGAAGAGGCCGUGUCCGCAUCCUAUGUUCGCUUGAAGGCCGCUUUGGCCGAUGAGGUGGAGAGAAUCAGCAAAGCUCAACAAUCCGCUGUACCAGAGAUUGCGUGGUCAGAAGUCGUUGCUAAUGGAGGUCGAAUCCCAGAUGAACUCGCCGAACGAGUUCGACAUACUGGUUGUUUGAUAUUCCGUGGUCUUGUAUCGGAAGAACAAGCACUUGCCUGGAAAGAGGAGCUGAGGGACUACACAAAGCGACACUCUGCUGUAGGAGGGCGUCCACUGUCGGAUCCCACGACAUGGUUGCUGUACUGGACCAGGCCGCAGGUACAGGCCCGGUCCCAUCCCGACAUCCUCAAAGCCAUGGAUGUGACCAGCCAACUGUGGCAUGUCGAUGAUGACACCCUUCCCAUCGACAUGUCGUCUCAGGUGGCAUACUGUGACCGUUUUCGCAUUCGCAAGGCCGGCGACAAAGCGUACAGCCUAAAAGCCCACCUGGACUCGAGCUCCACUGAGCGAUGGGAGGACCCAGCCUACCGGUCCUGCUACCAAAAGAUCUUGGAAGGCAAGUGGGAGGAGCACGACCCUUGGCAGAUGGACCCGCGCGGCGAUGCCAAAGUCGCACUCUACCGUGGUAUCGGCAGCUGUUCUGGCUUCAGAUCCUUCCAAGGCUGGCUCGGUAUGUCGGACUGUGCUCCCGGUGAAGGCACUCUGCGCGUCUUGCCGAGCCUGAAACUCAGCACAGCGUAUAUCAUGCUUCGCCCAUUCUUCCUUGACGAGAAACUCGACGUGUCACAACCGACCUUUCCAGGAUCCAUACCAACAAAGGGACAAAUCUAUGCCAGCCCGAAAUAUCAUCCUCAUCUCGACCACGCCCGAGCCAUUAUCAGUAUUCCUCGAGUCAAACCUGGUGAUUUCGUCUUUUGGCAUGCCGAUGUCUUGCAUGAGGUUGAGGAUGAGAACAACGGAAUUAAUGAUUCGAGUGUGAUGUAUAUCCCCAAUGUACCGCUUUGCGAAUACAACAUCCAGAACAUGCUCAACCACCGCAAUGCAUUUCGUGAAGUUGUGCCCCCUCCGGAUUACUACAGAGAUUUUGGUGGGCCAUAUGAAAUCGAGCGCGAACAUGAAGAUCAUGGUGCGCGUGAACAGAAUAUCUUGACUCUGAGAGGGAAGCAGGCGCUAGGAUUGGCUGAUUUUGAUGAAAAUGAGCCAGGACUUACCGAAGGUCAGAGGAAGAUUAGAAAGAUGGCAAACGCAGCCAUGAGAGGACAAUAG